AUCACAGCAGAUCAACUAUUUAAGCUUAGCUUUUACUUGAAAGAUGACCUCCGAGGAGGAAGAGAGACUGAUGUUCCCGUCGUUCCUCUUUCCGGAGAUUUUCCCGGCGGACGCGGCCACACCAGACUCCGGUGCCGAGCAGAAGAAGGCUAGCCGGCAGCGGCGAAGGCGGAAUGCUCGUCCGGUGGUGGAGGGCGAUGGCGACGACACCGCAGCGAAGAAGCGGCGUCUGAGCGACGAUCAAGCACAGUUCCUUGAGAUGAGCUUCAGGAAGGAGCGGAAGCUUGAGACCCCGCGCAAGGUGCAGCUCGCCGCCGAGCUUGGCCUCGACACCAAGCAGGUGGCCGUGUGGUUCCAGAACCGCCGCGCCCGAUACAAGAGCAAGCUCAUAGAGGAAGAGUUCUCCAAGCUGCGCGCGGCCCACGACGCCGUCGUCGUCCACAACUGUCACCUCGAGGCCGAGCUUCUGAGGCUCAAGGAGAAGUUGGCCGAGACAGAGGAGGAGAAGGGCAAGGCCAUGGCUGCGGCGGUGACCGCAGGCGUCGGGGCCAGCAGCCCGACCUCGUCGUCGUUCUCAACGGUGACGCACCACGCGGAGAUGGUGGAUCAGUUCGAGAUGGAUGAUGCGGAGGCCGACCUCGCCUACAUGAGCGAGUACGCCUACAACAGCUACAUGAUGGACAUGACGGCCGGCGGAUACCUCGGAGGCCUCUACGAUCAAUUCAGCUGAUUUGGAUCGAUACAGUCUAGUUCAAUUAAUAUGAUCGAAGUACGUAUGCACGUAGCAGCAGUAGUAGAAGGUCGGAACUCAGAAGUA